AUGCACCACACUAUUUAUGAUCAUCUAACCCUUCAUGAACUCACUGUGACUUACAACUUGCUUCCAACUGCUCUUUCAAUCUACCUUUCCACCAUUCGUCCAGCUCCGAACAUGGAUGAAGAUCUCAUUGUUAUUGACGACCUGGAGAACGACGCCGGCCCGUCCGAUUCAAACGACAACUCUGUCGACGCCCAAGCUUUCUAUGCUCCCCUUCCCAAGAACGUUGGUGAACGAGCUUCUACUAGAAGUAGCGCUCAACCAGCGGCCAGUUCAAAUGAACGAACGACGCGCUCGUCAACGCUGCGCGCCUCUAAGCCGCAGCCAAAGUUGAAGCUCAAGUUGAGCGACAAGGCUGUAUCUCAGGCUCCUGGCGUGUCCUUCUUGGGGCAAUACGACAGGGAACUGGACUCAGAUGACGAAGAACUGGCAUUUGAAGAGCAGUUUAUCCUACGAAUGCCGCCCGGUGAAGAUUGUGAGAAGCUACGGAAGGCGGUUGCAUCUAGAGAAAUAGGGAAUGAUGUCUGGCUCAAGUUCAAAGACUCUCGAAGAGCUGUAUUUCAUAUAGGGAAUAGUCUGUAUUCCUCCAAACUUGUUGAUUUGCCAUGCAUCAUCGAAUCCCAGAAGACGCUGGACGGCAAGCAAAUGUUCAAGGUUGCAGACAUAUGUCAGAUGCUUGUUGCCGGAAAUAAGAUCCAAAGCGAAGACCAGCUUACGAAGGAGAAGAGCUUCAAUAUCGAGGAGUUUAUCUGGCCGCACGGCAUCACUCCACCCUUGCAUCAUGUCCGGAAACGAAGGUUUAGAAAACGGGUCAAUAGACGGACGAUUGAGAAUGUUGAACAAGAAGUGGAGAGACUGCUGGACGAAGAUUCCAUGGCCACGGAAGUCAAAUAUGAUAUACUUGAAAAUGUCAACCCAGACCUCUCAGAUUCUGAAUUCAUCGAGCAAGAUGUGCCUCUUGAUGCCCCGACGCCUGCUGUGUCUGACCUAGGUGAAGCACAAACUCCUGGGGACCUCGGAGAGGGUGAUGACGAGGAGGAGGAAGAAAAUGAGGAGGGAGCAGAAGGAGAUAUCGAUGAAGAACUAGCCGCAGAGUUGGACCUUGCUCUCGAAAAUGAAGACGAAGAGGAUGGAGACGAGGAAGACGAGGAAGAGGACAGCGAAGAUGAUGAGAGUGAAGAUGACGAUGAUGAGGACUCUCAAGCAAGGAAGUUGCUGAGUGAAGAAGUUAGAGAUUUGGAGGCAGCAGUGGCCAAGAAGCGCAAUGAGAUUGCAAGCUCUGGCAAUCCUCUCAUUAGGAGACGAUUCGAGGACGCACUCAAGAAGUUAACUGCUGACUUAGAGAUGAAGGUCGCGCAACGCGACGAACUGAAGGAGAAACAGAGGCUGAAGAAGGAAGGAAUCACAAUGGACGCCGUGGAAGAUACAGAUCCAGAUAACGUUGGAAUUGAGGAUGGAGGUGACGGUGCCGAUGAUGGAGAUCUUUUCGGAGACGACUCUAUGGAAAUCGGAUAG